CUUCCUGUCGGUGACGCAGUUGGCGAAGUGGAAGCCCCGCCGUCAAUCAAAUUAGGAAAAAAAACAAACUGGACUAAAGCGAGCGCAGGCACCGAUUAAAAUAACCAUGGUCGGAGUGUAAUUAAACGCAGAUAUCAGUCUUCUUUAAAGAACUCACGUAAUGACCGGUACGUAGGAUUUGAAGAGCGUGAGAUUGCUCCCAAUGAAUCUUUGUGCAAGCUAUGUUUAUGCUAAGCUAGGCUAAUGUUAGCAGGCGGGUGAAUCUGAGAGUUUAACAUCCGCGGAGCGCCUGAAGGGCCAGUGAAAGCGGGAGUCAUGGCGGACAGCAGCAGCGCGCAGGACGGCGGCGGCGCGGAUCAGGACGGACAGCCCUCGCCGCUCGCCCUGCUCGCCGCCACUUGCACCGGCCUCGGAGCAGAGAACGGGGCAAACACGAAUAAUAAUGGUGUUGCCGGGGUGAACGCAGACCUCUCAGUGCAGUUAACCGGGACGUCGGAAAGGUGGGAGGCGGUAAAGGACGACUCGGGUGUCCUGCAUCUCCCCGGCACGGGUAUCGUCACGUCCAACGGACAGUAUGUUCUUCCUCUCCAGAGCCUCCAGGGUCUCCAGAGCCAGCCCAUCUUACUCACGUCAGGGACCGACGCGUCUGCCGGCGCAGUGCCUAACAUCCAAUACCAGGUCAUCCCUCAGGUGCAGACGGCCGACGGGCAGCUGGGUUUCGAGGGGGCUUCGAUGGCGCAGGACGCCUCAGGGCAGAUCCAGAUCCUCCCGGACGGCACCCAGACCAUCAGCGUCACGGGCACGACGGCGGCCGACGUGAUCCGCAACACUCAGAACCUCAUGACCCAGUCUGGCCAGGUGCACUUCAACAGUCAGGGUCAGAUGGUCACUAACGUGCCUCUGGGUUUGCCUGGUAACAUUACCUUUGUGCCCAUAAACAGCGUGGAUCUGGACUCUCUCGGGCUCUCGGGGGCCCAGGCAAUAGCCACCGGCGUCACGGCUGACGGACAGCUGAUCAUGACCAAUCAGAGCGUGGAGAACUCGGACGGCUCGGAGAAAGCAGGGGAACAGCACCAGACACUCAACUCGAAUGCAGACAUGUUUGUGCCUACCACAUCUUCAUCCUCCUCAUCCUCGCAGCAGCAGGCCAGCACGAUAGACGGCACGGGCGUGUUGACGCAGCCUGUGGCGGGAGAGCAGGGAGACGGGUCGGGAUACCUCAGUCAGGGCACGGUGCAGGUGUCCGGGGGGCAGCAGGUCAUCCAGUUACAGCAGCUGCCCUUGCAGACCGGUGACGGUCAGGCCCAGCAGAACAUGCAAAACAUCCAGCUCAUCAACCCAGGCACAUUCCUCAUCCAGGCCCAGACCGUCUCACCGUCAGGACAGAUACAGUGGCAGACCUUCCAGGUCCAAGGAGUUCAGAACCUCCAGAACCUUCAGCUCCAGACGGCUCCCGCUCAGCAGAUCACUCUCGCCCCGGUGCAAACGCUGUCUCUGGGCCAGGCCGGCACACAGGUCAGCCUGAGCUCGGGUCAGAUGCCUAACCUGCAGUCGGUGACGGUCAACACCAUGGGCCAGGCGGGCAUUCAGUUCCAGCAGUCCGAGGACACCGACAGCACUGGAGAUAUUCAGAUUAAGGAGGAGCCUGAUUCGGAGGAGUGGCCUCUGGACAGUAGCUCUACGCUGAAUGCCAAUGACCUCUCUCACCUUCGUGUUCGUUUAGUGGAGGAGGAGAUGGAGGGAUUGAGCCAGGAGGGCAAACGUCUGCGCAGGGUCGCUUGCACCUGCCCCAACUGCAAAGAGGGAGGUGGGAGGGGAUCUAACAUGGGCAAGAAGAAACAGCAUGUGUGCCAUAUAGCUGGCUGCGGGAAGGUAUACGGGAAGACGUCUCAUUUGCGGGCUCACCUGCGCUGGCACUCGGGAGAGAGACCCUUUGUCUGCACCUGGAUGUUUUGUGGGAAGAGGUUCACGCGCAGUGAUGAAUUGCAGCGACACAGGAGAACGCACACUGGAGAGAAGAAGUUCGUGUGUUCCGAGUGUUCGAAGAGAUUCAUGCGCAGCGAUCACCUGGCCAAGCACAUAAAGACGCACCAGAACAAGAAGGGAGGAGGCGGAGCCGUGGUGUCCAGUGUGGGCGGAGCCAUGUCCUCGGACAGCAUCAUCACGGCGGGCGGCACCACGCUCAUCCUCACCAACAUCCAGGCCGGCUCCAUGCAGGGCCUCGCCACCGUCAACGCCACCGUCAACACCUCCAGCUCGCAGGACCAGCUGGGCUCAGCCGAGAUCCCGCUGCAGUUAGUGUCCGUGUCCACCGGGGACGGGGUCGAGUGAUCGUGUGACGAGUCCUACAGGAGAGGAACAUCAUCCUAAAGGUCCCGCCUCUUCCUGUACGACAUCACAUCCUCUUCUCCCACAAACUUUAGACUCCAUUUUGACUACGUCGAUCGAUUCCACGCUCACGCAUAUACCUUGCUUUUAUACCUUUACAUAUUUACCCUCCUUUACGUAAAUAUGUACAUUUACGUGAAUGCAUAUACACACACACACACACACACACACACACAUACACGCAUAUAUAAAUAUAUAUAUAUUUUACAAAUAUAGAGUUAUUGGGGGAUUUGUUCAUCUUUUUAUGGGGGAAGCAUUAUUUCUUGUUUCACAUACAACACUGAAAUGCCUUAUAUUGUAUUAUAAGCUGUCGUGUACAAAGGCCGAGUCGCUCAAGCAUCUGUUUCAGUGUGUACUUGUUGGAAUGGGUUUAAUCGCAGCGCUGGUGAUAAACGGGUGGCUGGUGAUGUUGAACGGAACGGUUUAGCCAAAAAGUGAAAGAUCUCUCAUUAUUUCUUCCCCCAUGUUUGGUUUUAGAAGAAUUACACACAACAACAGGGACAUAAACGGCCAGUUUGUGUCUCGAGCACUUUAUUUAAAAUAAUCUGAAGUCAUAUUGUGUGAGAAAUGGACCAAAAGUGGGUGAACAACAUCCCAUCUGGCCGCAGCUUGUUCACCAUUUGCCCCUGUAACGUUUAGUUGACUGUAUGUGAGAACCUGAUGCCAGUAAUGUUGACUCGUGAGCUUUGGGUGGAUGGGAAGUUGCAAAUCUGUUCCUCACCAAAAAAAAAAAAAAAAGUUUGGGAAUGUAGCGUCGUAGGCUUGAACUGCUUUUCGGGAAGUGGGGGAGUAAGUAAUGGCAGAAUUUCCAUUUGUGGCUUAGCUCUUUCUUUCAUUGUAAUUCUAGGUUGUAAGUGAUAUUCGUGGUGUAAGUUCUCCAAACAAGGAGAGAGAUGUAAAACAAAAGACCUUGCCUGCCAGUUUGCUGUUGGGAGUCAUGAAGGUGUCCAAUAGUGUCUUCUUAUUUUAUGUGGUUUUAUUUUGUGUAGGUAAACCAGGCCCAACGAAUGGGGCAAAUAUGAAACAAUCAUGUAAUUAAAAGCAUUUUAUGUACCAUAAUUCUCAAAACCUCUUCGAGUUGAUCAGAUCUUUCAAUAUGAAUUUGUUGCGAAUGAAGUCUUUUUGAGCAAAAAGAUAUUUAUAUACAUUGUAAUCUGGAUUUGUGGUGUCCACAACUGCUUUUCUAAAGGAAAAAAACUCCCUUCGGCUUUACUUUUUUAAAAGACUGGACUGUGAUCAGCAUCAAGAAUCGUUUGUAUGAAUCGGUUUGUAGUUCGCCAAACUGAAUUCGCACUCUUUGAUAAAAUCGAGAGAGAAACUGUUCAUUUUUUUAUUUUUUUUUGUCUGAUGGUUUUGCAGCAUUAAUGUGUAUAACUGUGUUUCAGGACCAAAAGAGCCGCUCCGGGUCGCUCUAUCAAUGCUGUGUCGAAACGACAGCCUAUAGGGGAUGUGUGUCAACCAAUGUUAAACAACCUAAAGCUUUGUGGGUCAAUAUCAGUCACAUCACUACCUAACUGCGAUGAUGAUGAUUUCACGUUGGUUCUCAGAGUCCUCCCUCAUUUUGUAAGGGUCAUCAGUCAGGACACACUCAUUUGCUGUCAGUAUGGCUUUCUUUCCACGCGGUACUGUACAGUUAUUCUCUCGGCUUACGUUUUUAUUCCUUCAACUAAUCAUGAUUGUCUCUUAUCCACCGAUUCUGAGUACCAUUGCCAAUUUUUUUUGUGUUGGGGGGGAUUUUAAACCUCCCAUAGCCAAGUUUGUAACGAUCAGAAGUUUCCCACGUGAGUUUGAUUGAAACGGUCCAGUGGGGGUUUAUGGCAGAUCAUGAAACACUAUCUUGUUUUCGGAGUUGUUCUUCUGUCACAGUGAUCCAGAAUUGCAUUUUUUUUUUUUAGUCUAUUAGUUUGUAAAGUCUAAAUUUGAUUUUGUUCAUUAUAAAUAGCAUCUUAACGUGUCACUUUUAUUAUUAUUUUUUAUUUGGUCAUUUUUUUCAAGAAAUCUUCAGACUAUUGUACAAUGCCCACUUUUGAGGGCAGCUGUUUAUUUCACACUAAAAUGACUAAACAUAA